AGCCACGCAUACGAAAUCUAAAUCCGGCUCGAAGCAUGGCAACGUCAGGACGAAGAAACCGGGAUCCAAGACGACGACGACGACGCCCAAAUCGAAGCACGGCAAAGCGGGGACGGGGAAAAACAAGGCCAAGCACAAAAGCGAGUCCAAAGUCAAAGCCAGGCUGGACGCAGAGGACGUGUACGAGGAGGACCCGCCAGACGAGGAGGAUGAGGACGACGACGACCAGGACGUGGAUGAACCACUCGACGAUGAGGAAGUCGAAGUCGACGUUAUGAAUGGCAAGCGCAGUGGGAAGCGUGUCAGAGGCAAGAUUGGUGCUGGACGGGGUGUCAAUCCCAGCGCGAAUGGGGCCAUUGACAUGAAAGGGAAGAUGGCGGCCGGAGUCAGCGUCGGCGGCUCUGGAGGCCCGACAUCAAUCUUGACUGUUGCCGACGAUCUGCUCAAGAACGACGGUCGCAAAUUUCUGGAGAUGAUGGAACAGCUGGCCGAGCGCCGACUAGCGCGUGAAGAAGAGGCUGCAGAUGGCAUCAGCGGGGACGACGACGAGUCAGGCUCAUCGGUCGGUGGCGAAUCGGACGAUGACGACGACGGGGAUGACUCGGAGGAGGGUUCCGAGGACCUCGACGAAGAAGAAGAUGAUGAACAGGAAGUCGACGAUGGGGAGUCGGUGUCCGGGACCGAUCGGUCCGAGCUUUCUGAUGAGGAGGAAGAGGACGACGAGGAAGACGAUGAGGAUGAUGACGACGAGUCCGACGACGAUGAGGACGAGCCGCUGACCGAAGAUGAGAAGAUCAAGGAGGGUAAGCGGAUGUUCAGCAUCUUCGCCGCGCGAAUGUUCGAGCAGCGAGUCCUGCACGCGUAUCGGGAACGAGUCGCACAGGAAAGGCAGCUGCAGCUCAUUCGAGAGCUCGAAGACGAGGACGAGCGCAAACGGGAGAACGAGGCGAAGAAGCAGAAUGUCAAGAACAAGAAGAAGGACAAGAAGAAGUGCGUCGAUAUGGUGGCUUUCCGUUUGGUGCUUCGUCUGAUGACGGGUGAUUGACAGGCAGCAAAAGGCCGCGAAAGAGGAGAAAGAGGCACUCAAAGCCAAGGAGAAGGCUGCGGAGGAAGCGGCUGCGAAGGAGAAACAGGCGGCACUGGAGGACGAGCAGCGAAAGCGCCGAGACGAGGAACGUAACAAACGCAAGGCUGCUGAGGACGAGCGCAAACGCAAGGCUGCGGAAGAUGCUGAGCGAGAGCGGAAGAAGGUGCGAGAGCGAGAGGAGGCGCGCAAGGAGAAGGAACGGAAGGAGAAAGAAGCAAGAGAGGAGAAGGAGCGGGAGCGAGAGCGAGAACGGGAGAAGGAGAAGGAGAAGGAGAAGGCCGCUGCAGCGGCUCUCGCAGCCCAGCGCGCAGCCGCAGCCGCUGCCAAGGCAUCCGCCGCCAACCAAGUGCCAUCAUCAUCGUCCUCCUCCUCUCGGCCGAACGGCAUUACUGCCUCCCCGUCAUCAUCGGCCGUCCCGCCGAAAAAGAUCAUUCUCAAGGCAUCGACUUCCUCGUCUUCAUCGUCGUCGGUCAUGUCGCCCGCGGUCACUCCCACCCGUCCGACUCCACGGACCGUUGCUCCGCCUACGCCAGUCACUCCGUUGAUCUCGCAGGCCGCGAUUGGCAUUCCGCCGCCGACACCGCAGACGCCCAUCGCGGCUCAUGCGCCAGUGCAUGCAUACGCGGCCCAAACACAGAAUCCGGCAUCUCCUCGAACAGCGUUUUCGUCGUCGUCGUCGUUUGGCGGUGUUCCCUCAUUUGGACACGGUGCUCCGAGUGUUCAGGUGGCCCAACAUCAGGCGCAUCAGAUUGGGCAUCAGCAACCGAUUGGGCAUGGCCUGGGAGUGCAUCACCCUCAGCAGUCACAGCACAAUAUGCAUCACCAUCUCACGCAGCUGCAUCACCCAAUUGGACACCAGCACCCGAUCGGACACAACGCGAUCGGGCAGCCGCAACAUCCGGGCUCGGAGUGAUAGGCCAACACCCGCAUUUCGUGGGGAUGCAGCAGCAGCAGCAUCCAAUAUCGCUCGCAGCCGGGAUUCCCUCGCCCAUCGGUCCGCCGCCGAAGCAACUCGCCCCCGGUGCCGGCCGGCGCGCAUCGCUGGGCCCCGGCAGCGUGAUUGGCAGUGGCAUCGGCCUGGCCGUGUCGCCUCCCACACCCAUUGGACGACCGACGCCGAUCGCUCGGCCCGACAUCGGGACACGGAUGGGCGGCCGCAACCGGUCUCCGAGCCCGAAGACCCUCGGCUCGUCGGCGCUGUUGGCAGACGACGAUGAGCUCGUUGUGCCCGUGCGCCGGGGCGCCAAUGUCGGUGUCGGGUGGGGCGUACCUGUUGCCGGUGGCGGCGGGUGGAAUCACCCAGGGGGAGGUGGUAGCGGCAGUGUGCCGGGUGGAGGGGGCUUUUUUGGCCGCUCGGGGCAGUGAUAUGUUUGUUUUGCUGACAUAGUUACUCACGUACUUACUGACUCACCCAAGAAGCUAGUACUGUCAGUAGUCAGUCUCCUUUUCUGUUUGUCUUCGCAAAUGUCUUUUCGCACGCAGCGUGCAACCGUGUGGAAAUCAU